AUGGACCUGUCGGGUGCGGCAUCAUCUCUGUCGGGUGCGGCAUCAUCUUGCAAGCAGUUUGGACUUCUGGGAGCUUUGGGUGCCUUCCUCAUGGUCAACGUGGCAACGAUGGGAAUGUUCUGGUACGACAAGCAUCAAGCUAAGACUGGUGGCUGGAGAGUGCCAGAAAAGACCUUGCAGGGCACCGCAGCCUUGGGUGGUUGGCCAGCUGGUUACGUGGCGAUGCAGAUGUUCCACCACAAAACCAAGAAGCAGAGCUUUCGUGUUGGCUACCACGCAGCCACGGCCUGCAAUGUGGGCCUAUGCUCUGCCGGCCUUGCAAACUGUGUCGGGGCAGCUGGCCGCAGCAUUGGCAAGCACCAUAGCCCGGCGCGGCAACAGCGGGGCCGCGGCCGCGGCCGCGCUCGCCACUGA